AUGCAGCAGGUUGGUGUGUCUAUUACCAAGCUUGCUGCUCAUACAUCAAUCGGCGACGAGGCUGGAAAGGAGGCCAGGAGACAGGAGCUUGCAGCUAAGCGGGCGUUGAAAGCCGCUCAAAGGGCAAAGCUUUCGAGCCAGCCAGUACGCAAAUCGCGGCGCCAAGCGGGGGAAGAGGCCAUUCUCGGCCACCAGCCAGCAUUGAACUACUCGUUGGAAUUACUUUCGAUGAGAACGAAAGGCAACAGCGCCGUUCACCUCAUGGAUGCCGUGGAUAAUGAUGGUAAAACAUUCUUGAAAAAUGUGGCUAGCUCCUCCAAGAUACCGAGCGCGUUCGAGAUUGAUUCAGUCGAUGAUGAGGUGGAGUAUUCUUUGGCAAAAAAUGAUGCUCUGCAUUGCAACUGCAUCGAGCGAUCGCACCAUGGAGAAGGAGAAGAAGAAGAUGAUGAUGAAGACAGUGAAGAGCAGGACUCGGGCCUCACCGAGUACGAACGCAAGCGUCGCGAGAAUAUCCAGCGCAACUUGGCCUUCAUGCAGCAGAUGGGGGUCUCCACGGCCAAAAUCGCCGCCAGGACGGCUGUAGGCGACGAUCCCGCUCAGGAGAAGAAGAAGCAGCAGCUGGCCAUUAAGAGGGCCCUCCAGGCUGCCAGAAGAGCCGAGCUCUUGGCCCAACCAGUUCGCAAGUCGAGACGUCUGGAGGGCAAGAAGGUUGAGGUGGAGCCCAUUGAGCGUAUCGACCUGUAUGAGAUGGGGGACAAGCUGCCAGCUCAUCGGCAGCCAAGAGGCAGCCAUCUGCACGUGAUGGACGCGGUGGAUGGAGAGAGCAAGGCGUUCCUGGGAGGCAUCACGGCGGACCUGGAAGAGGACGAGGAGCUGGAGGAAGACACCAUCUUGGACGACGACGACGGAGUGGAGUAUACUCUGGCAGAUGACGACAUCACCAAGGCCGUGCAGGAGAGGAUCUACUCUGUUGCCUUCCUGCCUCGGGCGGACCGCGUGGUCGUGGCCUGUGGAGACAAAAUGGGUCACGUGGCACUCUGGACGCCUCCGAACGAGUCGAGUAUGAAGCAGGAGAGCUUGGCGGCCCCGCUGGCGAUCUACAGACCGCACUACACCCCCGUGAGUCAGCUCAUCUUCCCUGACUCGUCAAAGCUGGUAUCGAGCAGUUUCGACGGAACUGUACGCGAGUUCGACCUCCGAGCGGCCGAGUCGUCGGUCGUGUACGAUACCAGUGACAAUGCAGGGAUCUCGUCGCUCGUUGCUGCGGGCACUGCGCAGUGCUAUUACGCGAGCUGCGACGACGGAACGGUUCGACUGAUUGACCGCCGCGCGCGAAAGGUGCAAACAUCCGUGUAUGAACUGCACGAGAAGAAGAUCAACACUGUGUCCCAACACCCGAGCCUCGACUUGUAA